AUGCUUCAUCUUUCAGGGUCAGGUGACGUCACAGUGGUCGUCAAAGAAGGGAGUGAUGCUGUGUUACCCUGUUCCCUCAGCACCAAGGAGAGCAUUUCAGCAAAGCUCUUUGACUGGAGGAAAGCUGCUCACAAAGAUGGUCGUCGGAAGGAGGUGUUCAUGUAUGAUGCAGGCAGCCAUUACAACAACGGGCGUCCAGGUCAGAGUGAGGAGUUCAAAGGUCGAGUCUUUCAUUUUAAAGAAGAACUGAAACACGGUAACGCCUCCAUCAUCAUCAGAAAUACGACGGUGACUGACAGUGGAGACUACACCUGUGAUUUUCCACGUCUUCAACCACGUCAGACAUUCCACAUUGAGCUUGUUGUUGAAACCAUCAUGAAAGACCGAUCAGGAGAAAACACAGCUGCAACUCCAAAGCCAUAUACCAGGACGCUGAAUGCCACAGAGGACUGGGUGCUGCUGCAGUGUGAGGCCCAGGGUGCUUCUCCAAAACCACAUCUUCAGUGGCAGGACAGUGCUGGAAACAAACUUCCUGCUGAGGAGCCGCAGGUCUCAGAGAGAGAAGGCCGCCACUACAUCACCCUCAACACCAGAGUGACCAAGAGUGACCGCUACCGCUGUGUGGUGACACAGGAGGAAAUCAGUCAUCAGACUCAUGAGGAGACAUUUGUGCCUUUCUGUGGGAAAGUGUGUGAGGACUCAUCCAGCAAAGUGGCUGUUGGAUGGUUUGGUGGUUGGGUUUUAGGAGCUGUUACUGUUGUUGUAGUUCAAGCUCUGCUUGUGGCUACAAAGUCCAUCAGAGUAAACUGCAAUAGAGGCUCCCCUCUGCAGGAAGAUGGUUCCCGCAACACGGGAAACGGCUCGUGCCUCAUGGGAAAUGGUUCCGGGAAUGGCACCCAUGAGACAUCCUCUAUAGAUCCUUCAGCGCAGCCACUCAACUCACGAGAUGUUUAGGAGUGCAAGUGCGUCAGUAUUGGCAAAAUACGUGUUAUACAAGGUGGAUCGGCAUUACAAUCUACAUUUUCCUAAAGGGCCAAAGACUCUCAGCCACUCUGACAGAUCAAGUUUUAAUAGGGCUGAAACGAUUCCUUGAGUAACUCGAAUAAUUUUCUUACUAAGAAGCCUCUGUUACACAACCUGCUUUCGUUACUUCCAUUGCUUCCCUUUCGUUACUUACUACUUUACUACUGAAAAGCUGUUGACUCGAGUAGUGACGUCACCACCAUGCUACUGAGGAUGCUGUUAAAUUAGUAACAUCACCACUUGUAGUGACGCUACUGCCCAACACUGAUUAUUUUUGACAGCUUGAGAAAUAGCAGCACAGUGUGAGUGCGUGUGAAAUCAGUCAUUUGCAUGACGCUUAUUGCAUGAGAGUUGACAAUUAUGUCAUAUAUUACGUCAUUAUGUUAUCGUCCUCUCCAUCUCAUACAUGUAUCUCGUAUUUUCUCUCUGUCCCACUCGUGUCUGUGAAAAGUGGAGAUGUAACUCUCCACUGGACUGUUGUUAAGGACACUAUGGCUGCUAAAUGUAUGAGAUGAAACUACAUAGAAACUCAACAAAGUGAGUGAGUGAAAUGAAAUCAAUGAGACAACGAUAACUUAAGAGACUUGUGGUACGUUUUUUAAAUAGCCAUGUUGAUCAUGUCACAUUCAAAUGUUUAAUUCCAAAAACUCUGAGGCUCAAACCAAAGAGGACAGAAAUGUAAACAAUCAGGUGACAGACCAGCAGAUCCGUCUCUUAACCAUGCAGUGCCUUUAAAUAUCAGCAAAAACGUGCAGCUUGUGAAAUAAGGCAAUAAGUGUUUGGUGCUGUUUUUUUAUUGUUCUUUUAAAAUGGUUAAAAAUUGAGCAUGAGCGGUGUUGAUGCGCUGACAGGCGACUGAGUUCAGUCUGAGGAUUGAAUGUAGAGGAUUGUUACUGACCUGAUAAGAAGAGAUGGAAACCAACUGUGUCUUCAGACUUGAGAUUGUUACGAACAUGAAUGUAGCAAAGACUAACUGACAGAGGUGGGGGACUCAAAUUGCAAAUUUGAGGACUUGAAACUUGCUUGACUCGCACUGAUGAAAGACUCGACUUGGUAUUCAUGACAUGGAUUAGAUGAUUAUCAAAAUAGUGGCAAAUUUAUUUUUUGUUAAUUCAAUAAUUGACUCAUAGUUCCAGCUGUAGUUGAACAUUUUCAUAUGUUUCGAGUGCAAAACCUUAAUUUGUAAAGUAACUAAAGCUGUCAGAUAAAUGUAGUGGAGUAGAGGUCAGAGUUGUAAUGACAGUACCUGAGUAAAUGUGUUAUGUCACAGUCCACCACUGGGUAAAGUUUAAGUUAUAUUAUCUUUAUGAGUUUGUGAGUAUGACUUGACUUGUGACUUGCUUGACCUGAGCAAUCAAUGACGACUUGACGGUUAUGACUUGAGACUUGCACGUGUGCCUUACUCCCACCUCUGUUAACUGAAGGAACAAAGACUGUACCUGCCUUGUCAACUGGAUUCUAAGUGUUUAAAAAACAUCUUUAUGUCUUAAAAAGGUCAAAGCUCAGCUCAAUGUGACCCAUCUUAAGCUUGUUUUAAAUAUUCUGUCUUUGAGAGCAUUUAUUUAAAAUUAUUUUUAUAUAUAAUGUACUGUAUGAGAGGUUUUUUAUUAUUAUUACUGCUUUAUUAUUACUUGUGUACCACUGCAGGAGUCUGACAGGUCCAAGAUGAUUUCUGUAAUCUUAUAAAUGCUGAUACUAAAACAGUGCACACUAAAGAGGAACUUGUUUGGAUUGUAUUUUUAUAAAUAUUUUUAAGGACCAAGUCAAAGUUUGCCAGUUACAGUAUGAAAAAGCAUUUUUUUUCUAUUCGUACCAUAUUUAAAAAAUUGUAUGCUUUUAAAUAUGGAUAUUCAUACAUACGUGAAUAUUGAAAAAUUAUGUUUUACAUGUGUCAAAUCGCCCAUUAAUUUUAAUCAUCAUGGCAUCUGGGGAUAAAGGCACUUUCAUAUUGUCAUUCAUUGUGUGUCAACAAAACUGUGUGUGUAUUCUAGAGGUCAAACAGGAGUUUUAUGCUUUUCUUUCCUCUUAAAACAUUUGCUGGCCUUUUCUUUGAUUCGUCAUUGCAAAAUCUGUAAUAAUGCAUUUUGUUUAUGUCUUUUUUUGCUGUAAAAAAACAAACUGCACUUCAGGAAUGCACUGCUGUUUUGUUUCUGUUGUUUUUUUUCAGUGCAGAAUUAAAGGGACUACAACUCCAUUUCAUAGUGAAUACCUGCGUUGUUGAAUGAAAAUAAAUGAA